CGGUGGUGGCGCGUAGGUAGGUGGUGCUAAUCGAGCUCUCGUCAGCAGCGGUCCAAGCCGUCUCGGGCAGGUUCGGAUAGGUAGCUGAAAGGAUUAGCAAACUGCGAUUUAAGUAAAUAACAAGACACCUGACAAUGGCAAGCGAGGGCUUCUGCCUGGGGGAGCACACCCUGAAAGUGCCACUGGAGCUGCACCGGCUGAACCGGCAGCGUCUCUGCAAAGAGCUGCGGAGCACUGAUGGCGUGCCGGCCGGCGCGGUGGUCGUGCUGCAGGGGGGCGAGGCGACCACACGCUACUGCAGUGACGCCGAGCACGAGUUCAGACAGGAGUCAUUCUUUCACUGGGCGUUCGGGGUCCUGGUACCGGACUGCUAUGCCUGCAUCGAGGUGGCCAGCGGGCGCACCACCGUCUUCUACCCGCGCCUGGACGAGGUGUACGCCACCUGGAUGGGCCGCCUGCUCACCGCCGAUGACGUCAGGGCUCAGUACGGCGUAGACGACGUCAAAUACGUCGAUGAGAUAGCGAACGUCAUCCAGGGAAUGAAACCGGAUGUGCUUCUUUUGCUGGAAGGCGUGAAUUCGGACAGCAAGAAGACCACGCGACCUGCCGCGUUUGAUGGCAUGAGCAAGUUCAAGACGGACUACGGCCUACUGUACCCGGUCAUCUCGGAGCUCCGCGUGUUCAAGACGCCGCUGGAGGUGGAGGUGCUGCGGUACUCCAACAAGAUCUCGUCAGGGGCGCACAAGGAGGUGAUGCGUAAGAUCCGGCCUGGCAUGAAGGAGUAUCAGCUGGAGGCUAUCUUCAAGCAGUACAGCUACUACAUGGGCGGCUGUCGUCAUGUGGCGUACACGUGCAUCUGCGGCAGCGGGGAGAACGGGGCCGUGCUGCACUACGGCCACGCGGGCGCGCCCAACGACAAGACGGUGCGUGACGGCGAUAUGUGCCUGUUCGACAUGGGAGCCGAGUACUACUGCUACACGUCAGACAUCACCUGCUCCUUCCCGUCUAACGGCAAGUUCACCGACAAGCAGAAGGUCAUCUACAACGCCGUACUGAAGGCCAGCAGGGCCGUCAUGGACGCGCUGAAGCCAGGUAUCUGCUGGGUGGACAUGCACCUGCUGGCCAACCGCGUGACGCUGGAGGAGCUGAAGGCGGCCGGCAUCCUCCGCGGCAGCGUCGACGACAUGAUGAAGGCGAACCUGGGCGCCACAUUCCAGCCGCACGGACUGGGCCACUUCCUCGGUUGUGACGUGCACGACGUGGGCGGCUACCUGCGCGGCCAGCCGGAGCGGCGCUCCGAGGCGGGCCUGCGGAACCUGCGCACGGCGCGUACCAUCCGGGCCGGCAUGGUGCUCACCAUCGAGCCCGGCUGCUACUUUAUCGACCACCUGCUGAACCAGGCGGAGUCGGACCCGGUGCUGAGCCAAUUUCUGGUGCCGGAGAUGGUACGUCAGUACCGCGGCUUCGGCGGCGUGCGCAUUGAGGACGACGUGGUCGUCACCCAAGACGGCAUGGAGUGUCUGACCGUCGUGCCGCGCACUGUGGAGGAGGUGGAGGCCCUGAUGGCCGAGGGACGGCGCCAGGAGGUGUUUGUACCUCAGCUUCACGCCGAGACCAAGCUGAACCAGUAGUCGGCCCAGCGCCCCUGCUGACCGAGAGCCCAGCUCGACCUAGCCCCAGCUCUAUUGGGGCUGAUCAUGGCUCGCUACGGGUCGUUUCUAGCCGUGUGCCAUCAACCGCGCCAUAAUUCGUAAUCGCUGGUGUUGGUGUCGCUGUUGCAUCGGUGCUUGGGAAUGCGGGAUGCGGUAUUUUAUGUAUAUACAUAUAUGCUGAACUAUUUUCUUAAAUUUUGGUAUGCGUACGUCUCAGACCUGCUGAGUGAUGGAAGCGUCACGUUUUGGAGCCUCAAAUCGUGCAUAAGGCGGACGCAUCAUUUAACGAACGCGAUGAUGUCUGAAUUGCAAGAGAGCAAUUUAUGGCAAGUUUAUCCUGUCGCCUGAAGCCUAUAGCUUGAAAAGUUGUUGCCAGUAUGCGAUUUUGUGAUGCCAAUUAGGAUAUUAUACACGUUACCUAAUAAUGUUCUGAAUAACAAAACGCACAUGUGAAUAAAAAGUUGGCUGGUGCACCUGUUCUUCCA